UGUAAGCCGAUGCUCGGCCUAUCAAAAAAUGUCGAUUGAGUUUUAAAUCCUAUCGUACCUGUAACGGUCUUACCUUGAUAACAUUGAAAAAUUAGUUGGAUAGUCGGAAGUCAAUUCGGCUCCUGCAAAAUCCCGCCGAAAAUGGGUUCCGAAAAGCCAAGUAGCCAGCGGUGGGCGGCGCUCGCCCGCGACACGAAUGAGACCAAGAUCCAGCUGGCCCUGAACCUCGACGGCGGCGACUUCCCCCCGGACACCGACUCCCGGUUGCUAGCCUCCGUCGCCGAGGGCCACGCCAGCCAGUCCAGUAAAUCCCAGACCAUCAGCGUCGACACGGGCAUCGGCUUCCUCGACCACAUGCUUCACGCCCUGGCCAAGCACGCAGGCUGGAGUCUGGCUCUGGCCUGCAAGGGCGACUUACACAUCGACGACCACCACACCGCCGAAGACUGCUGCAUAGCGCUCGGAUACACCUUCGCCACAGCGCUCGGCAGCGCAACGGGUCUCGCGCGCUUCGGAUCAGCGUACGCGCCCCUCGACGAAGCGCUCUCGCGCGCCGUGGUCGACCUGUCGAACCGGCCGUACAGCGUGAUCGAGCUGGGGCUGCGGCGCGAGAAGAUCGGGGACCUGAGCUGCGAGAUGAUACCGCACUGCCUGCAGAGCUUCGCGCAGGCGGCGCGGCUGACGCUGCACGUCGACUGCCUGCGGGGCGAGAACGACCACCACCGCGCCGAGAGCGCGUUCAAGGCGCUCGCCGUGGCGGUCCGCCAGGCCACGAGCAGGAUACCGGGGAAGGAGGGCGAGGUGCCUAGUACGAAGGGGACUUUGAGCGUAUAGGUGGGGUGGUUAGGUAAAAAGAGAAUAAUAUCAAAGAAACAUUAAUGAGAA